GCUUGAAGACAACAGAUCCGUCAGUGACUACAAUAUAUCCAGUUUGAAUCCACUCUUCAUUUGGUAAAGCGGUUGAUAUUUGACAUGAUUAUUUAUAUCACUAACUUCGAUAGGACCCGCUUGCUUGAAGUGAACAGUGAUGAAACCAUUAGAAGUGUGAAAGCAAAACUUCACCGCAAAUAUGGCAUACUUCCUGGUUACCAGCUGCUCACCUUUGGUAGCUGGAAGCUUGAAGACAACAGAACCCUUAGUGACUACUAUAUCAUGAAAGAAGACACUCUUAGGCUGCAUUUGUUACUUGGAUCGAGAGAUGACAUGCAAAUUUUUAUCAAGAUAGUCACUGGCAAGACCAUCAUGCUUGGAGUGAACAGAGAUGAUACCAUUGGAAAUGUAAAAGCAAAAAUUCAAGACAUAGAGGGCAUACCUCCUGAUCAGCAGCGGCUCAUCUUUGCUGGCAAACUGCUUGUAGACAACAGAUUUGUCGAUGACUACAAUAUCCAGUUUGAAUCCACUCUUCAUUUGGUGAAGUGGUUGAUAUUGGACAUGCAAAUUUUUAUCAAGACACUCACUGGCAAGACCAUCGUGCUUGGAGUGAACAGAGAUGAUACCAUUGGAAAUGUGAAAGCGAAAAUUCAAGACAAAGAGGGCAUACCUUCUGAUCAGCAGCGGCUCAUCUUUGCUGGCAAACAGCUUGAAGACAGCAGAACCCUCAGUGACUACAAUAUCCAGAAGAAAUCCACUCUUCAUUUGGUGAUAUCUGACAUACAAAUUUUUAUCAAGAUAUGCACUGGCAAGACCAUCAUGCUUGAAGUGAACAGAGAUGAUACCAUUGAAACUGUGAAAGCGAAAAUUCAAGGCAAAGAGGGCAUACCUUCUGAUCAGCAGCGGCUCAUCUUAGCUGGCAAACAUCUUGAAGACAGCAAAACCCUCAGUGACUACAAUAUUCAGAAGGAAUCCACUCUUCAUUUGGUAUUGCGAUGGAGAGAUGGCAUGCAAAUAUUUAUCAAGACAGUCACUGGCAAGACCAUCGCGCUUGAAGUGGACAGACAUGAUACCACUGAAAAUGUGAAAGCGAGAAUUCAAGACAAAGAGGGCAUACCUCCUGAUCAGCAGCGGCUCAUCUUUGCUGGCAAACAGCUUGAAGACAACAGAACCCUCAGUGACUACAAUAUCCAGAAGAAAUCCACUCUUCAUUUGGUAUUGCGAUUGAGAGAUGGCAAGCAAAUUUGUAUCAAGACAGUCACUGACAAGACCAUCACACUUGAAGGGAAGACGAAUGACACUACUGAAACCGUGAAAGUGAAAAUUCACGACAUUGAGGGGAUACCUUUUGAUAGGCAAUUGUUAAGCUCUGCCAGCAAACUGCUCGAAGACAGCCAAACUCUCAGGGACUACGACAUUCAGAAAGAAUUUACUUUUUAUUUGGUAUGGCCACUGAGACAUGGCAUGCCAAUCUCUAUUAAGACACUCACUGACAAGACCAUUACAUUUGAAGUGAAGAGGAGUGAUACCAUUGCAAAUGUGAAACAGGAAUAUCCGUUCAUGGAAAACUCAACUCUCAUGGAGAGGGUUGAGCCGGCAGCAUGUUCAGGACAAGAAGAGGUUGUUAGUUCUUUUGAUUUACGAGAGAUUGCUGUUGUUGGUGAUGUGACGGCUCUCAGUUCUUCAUGUCUCGAUUAUUACGUUGUAGGUCUCAGCUUCAAAGUGGAAGGCAGAGACGACAUGUACAUGUUUCCAUCUCUUUUGCCUCGUAAGAAGCUGUCUGUCAUAUGGAAGAGAGAUGAGAGUAAGAAAGUGUAUGUCGGUCGACGUCAAGUGUGCAGCAGUCAGAUGACCACCUUCAGUUCGUCUACAUUCGGUAUGUUUCAAUCUAAGAUUUGCACUACAUUAGAUAAAAUGGCACAGCUGUGGAGGGAUGGACUGGUUUUAUCGCAAGGUCAUGCAGUUCAUUCUCAUGUUGAAUGUUUGGUGACCAUGCACAUAGUAGAUCUUGUUCGUUCUGUUGACUUUGUAUGUCGUGGAGGUAAAGGAACAGAAGCAGAAUGUGUUUCACUGCUCGACACUGUCAUGUCUCUUUGGAGCGAUAUGUUAGACAGAUACAGUCCAGGCACUAAACAUCAGACUGAAUAUUUGAGCAGAAAGCAUUUAGAAGAACACAGAGAACUGACACAAGUUGCUGUUUACUCUGAUCAGCAAAUUGAAGGAGCAAAACAAACGGGAGAAGGAGCAAAUGCUGCUGUUAAACAAGUAGUUGGCGAUGAGCGAGUGGUAGAAAGUCUUGGUGACCUGCUGGUUGUCAAAAGUCAGGCAGCCUUGGUGACAUUGAGUGCCGUUGCAAAGGCUGUUAUUACUGGGGGUUCAGCUCAAUGGUAUUCAUUUGGAGCAACCCUAGGGUUUAGUCAUGAUCGUAUUGAGGCCUUGUGUCAUGAUAAAGUGACUCCUGCUGACAAGUUGUUUGCACUUGUCCAAGUGAAGGCAAACCAAGUUGGCCCUGUGCAAAUUGACAAUCUGCUCUUGGAGGCAUGUCAACAUUUGCCAACUCCUAUUGAUGGUGUGGUCAAGGAAAAGCUUAGAAUUUAGUAAUGACAUGGAAUUUGACAAAAGGAUUUGUUGAUAAACAGGACACCAACUAAGUGUCCAACAAGUUUAGCUGAUACAUGUUUGAGCAUCUAGUAGUGAUGAUGGUUUUGGUUAUGGGGAUUAUUGUAUCUCUAGUUUUGUGACAUUAUGAAACAAGGUAUUUUUAUAGCAGUUAACCUGGAGUUCAGAAUAUAGUAA